CGUCACUGCUUCCUCCAGCACGUUUGGUUGGAGUUGUCGGAGGGUGGGGGGGUAGAGAAAGGAGAGGGCCCGGGUGUAGGGGGGGGCAGGCUUUAGCCAUGCUCCCGACUCGCUGCAACAAAUCCUCUCGCCGGGGGACCGGUGUUUGGGAAUGAUUUGCCUGAUCGGUAGAAGGAAUAUUCAGAAUAGGACUUCACACUGUUAAUAAGGACAUGGGACUCCCCUUACCAACUUCCAUCAGGUUCAGUAAAAUUGGCAUCUUCAUCAGCAGCACUAAGGAGGAACCUUGGUUUGCUUUAUUUCCUCAUUACAGAAACAUUGGUGUCAAAAGUCAAAGGUUCUCCAAUUUUAGUAGAAUCAAGAGUGAACUUAUCCAAUGAGAAUGUCUGAUAUUAGUAUAGUGAAAGAAGAAGCCGAAGCAAUGAGGGGUAAAGAGAAUACCCUUAAACAGACAUCAAUAACAGAAAAUCUGGUAAAAUCAGAAAGCCAUGAAUCAAAGGCACUGGAAAAAGAUGAAAGCUGCGUAGAUAAGAGAAUUGACUCUCAGCGACAUAUACAAAGUCUUGGACAGGCGGGGAAAAGGUCUAAGUCAAAUGCAAAGUUAAAGCUAGUACGGAGUCUGGCUGUGUGUGACGAGUCCUCUCCUCCGCCCACAGCUGAUGUUCCACAGGAGAAUCAGGAUAAAAUUCAACUACAGUUAACACAGACAUUUGAUAAGGAAGAGCAACACACGAAAGAUGAAGCUGAAAAGGAAGAAUACACAGACAAACCAGAUAAAAUGCAUAAAAAAAUGUUAUCAAGAGAUUCCAGCCAAGAAUAUACAGAUUCCACUGGAAUAGAUCUUCAUGAAUUUUUAGUAAAUACUUUGAAAAAUAAUCCCAGGGAUAGAAUGAUGUUGCUGAAGUUAGAACAAGAAAUUCUGGAUUUUAUCAGUAAUAACAAUAUUCAGUAUAGGAAGUUUCCUCCUAUGACCUCAUAUCACAGGAUGUUGUUACACAGGGUGGCUGCUUACUUUGGCUUGGAUCAUAAUGUUGACCAAACAGGAAAAGCUGUGAUUGUAAACAAAACUAGCAACACGAGAAUACCUGAUCAGAAGUUUUGUGAACAUAUAAAAGAUGAGACAGCAGAUGAUUUUCAAAAGAGGUAUAUUCUUAAACGAGAUAACUCGAGCAUUGACAAAGAUGAUAACCAAAUACGUAUCAGAUUGCGGCAUGAUAGAAGAAGCAAAUCAAUAGAGGAGAGGGAAGAGGAAUAUCAGCGGGUCAGAGAUAGGAUAUUUUCUCAAGAUUUGUCAUUUCCCCAGGAUAAUUACUUUACAGAUAAAAGAUCUCCUGAAGAAGAAGCUGUUAAUAGCACCCAACAAAGGCGACAGAUAUUUAGAGGAAAUAAAGACAGCACAGGGAGAUCCUCCAAUAGCUGGCAGAGCAGUACUGAAAAUGAACAUAAGUGGUCAGAGCCACGCCCCUGGAGUAGUACAGAUUCGGACAGCUCCAACCGUAACCUGAAACCUGCGAUGACGAAAGCUAGCAGCUUCAGUGGAAUAUCUGUACUGGCAAGAGGUGAUAGCUCUGGUAGCAGCAAAAGUACAGGCAGGCUUUCAAAAACAGGUUCAGAGUCUUCUAGUAGUGUAGGGUCAUCCACGGGUUCCCUUUCUCGCACCCAUCAACCUCUUCCAGUCACAGCUAUGAGCCAGACUCAUGGUGUGCCAGCCGUCUAUUCAGCUGUCAACACUAGUAAUUCUCUUACCUUUGAUGGUGGCAUGAGUGGGCAAGUGAUUCCUACUAGCACUAGCUUCUUUUUGCUUCCCUUGGAAGCUGCAGGCAUACCACCUGGCAGUAUUCUCGUGAACCCUCAAACAGGUCAGCCAUUCAUGAAUCCAGAUGGUACAACAGUGGUGUAUAAUCCCCCAACUGCCCAGCAGUCUGUGAGGAACCCUGUGGCUGCCCCAGCACAGCCACCACCACCAACUGUUCCACAGCAGCAGCAAGUACCAAAUCAGAUCCUUUCUCAGCCAAUUCGGGCUCUGCAGUCUUCCUCACAGCCUCUCCAGUACUCUGCGGUCUCUUACCCACCUCAGCUCCUGCCAGUAUCACCUACCCAGCAAUACACUGUGCAAGAAAGUCUUGGUGCUCAGUUUAGCCAGGUGAGCCUUGGCCGUCAACCAUCCACUGAAGUUCCAGAUGCCCAUACUGCCAUAUUCCCAUCAUCACUUGUACUUCAGCCACAGCAACAGCCUGGUUUUAUUAUGGCAUCCCCAGGGCAGCCCCUUCCUUCUCCUGGCUAUUCUGCCUCUGGCCCCUCACUUAGCCAACAAGUGCUUCAACAACAGGGAUAUGUGCAGCAGCCGAUUCAGCAGCUGCCUAGUUGUUUCUGUGCUCCAGGUCAGUACCCCCAUUCCAAUCAGCAGUAUCGGCCUAUAGCCCCCAUCCACUUUAACACUCAACAGAAUCAGCCAUUGUCUCAAACUACCCCGCAAGCAGGUUUUCAAUCAGUGAUGUCAAGUCAGCAGCAAAGCUAUCAAGGAUUGGUUAGUGUUCAAGCCCAAACUCAAAAUGUUGUGAGUGGUCAACAUAGUGGUGUGAGCAAUCAGGUGCAAGGCAUGAUGGUCCAGUAUCCUUCAGUGCAGUCCUAUCAGAUAUCAUUGACUGCAGGCUCUCAAGGAAUGAGUCAGCAGCCCUAUCAACAGACGAUUUUAAUCCCAAAUCAGUCAAGUCAAGGGUCUUUACCUUCUGCAGGAAUGCCAGUCUAUUACAGAGUUAUCCCACCAAGUCAGCAGAAUAAUAUCAGUUCAUCAGCAGGUUAUCUGCAGGCUCCCGGAGCAGACCAGAUACAGUUCCCCCGGCCAUCUUCCCCAUGUAGUUCUCAGCUACAAAGCCAGCAAUGUGCAGCUGUUGUGUCACCACAUGGUAGUGGGAUGCUUAUGAUGCAGCUUAGCAUUCCUAACAAUCCUCAUCCACGGACUCACUCUCCACCUCAGUGGAAACAAAAUAAAUAUCUCAGUAUGGACCAGAGAGGACAUAAGUCUGCAGAAUAUAACAGCCCAGAGAUUACCACACAGAACAGUCCACAGCUGAGUAGUCCUGCAGUAUCACCAGCCCAGUCCCCAGCACCACCACCAAUGGCAACUUUAAAAAAUGUCCGUACUGGAUUAGGACCUCUCCCAAUAAUGGCGCAGUUUCCACGAUCUAUGGUCCCUGGACAAGACGGACGCUACCCUUUGCUGGGCCAGCCUUUGCAGUACAAUACACCAAUCCGUCCUCUUAUCCAGGGACCACACAUCGUCUCAACACAGCAGGGUCAGAAUUUAAAUAGACAUGGAGGAAGAGGAAAGAAACAGACCAGGAAAGCAGCAUCAACCGAUCUUGGUGCAGGAGAGCCAGAACUGAAUAUUUUCCUGAAAUCCAAAGAAUUUAAUCUAAUAAACCAAACAUUGAAACCUUCCCAUGGAAAUGAAUCAUUCUCUCUCCCAAAUAAGUUUAAUGGCCUAAACUUUGUCAGCAGAGUCUUGGAGGUGACUGACCUACCGGAGGGAAUUAGUCGUACAGAAGCUGAUAAGCUUUUAAACGAACUCUUUAAAGCUGGUGCUAAGAUUCGAUGGCUGCGAGAUUCUCAGCCACAUUGUGGUGGUGGUGAUAGUAAUGCAAACACAGAACACUCAAAACCUUCCAGUGACUUAGCAUCCAUGUACACAAUCUUAGCAAUGUUUCCUUCAAAACUGGCUGCUCAGAAUGCGUUAUUGAAACAAAAUAACUCAAACAGAUUUAAACUGAGAUCAAGCAAGAAGCACUACGAUUUUCACAUUAUGGAAAGGGCUAGUUCUCAGUAGUUUACACUGCACUGGACUUGCAGUUUCUUCCACUUAUUUCCCUCUUCAAUUGGACAUGUAUAAUGGUUUCUGUUGACAUAUAGACUUCUGGAACGUGGUAUUUUACAAUAUAACAAUUGAAGAAAACCAGUGAUCCACCCAAAAAAAGGUUGAGUUUCCUAAUUUAUGUUCACCGUUGUCACAACAAAGUAUCUGAGCAUAUCACAAAGCUGUGUCUUUAUAUGGAGAAUGCUGUAGAAUCUCAGUACAAAUUUUAUAGCCCUUUUGUUUUAUAUUUGUGAAUCUUGUAUCCAAUCCAGAGCUCCAUUGUACAGCAACUGUUACAUGAACACCGUCAGCCAGUAAUUACUUGCUUUGACAGUUUCUACCCAGCACAAUUUGGAGAAACCCAGGAAGUUUGUGGGAAUGAAGUAGUUGUUAUCUUUCUCAGCUGAUCACCAGCGACCUACAAAGAAGAAUGUGUGAAAACAUUGCCUUUUGGAUGCAGACUGAAGAUUUUGCUGUUUGGCAUCCUGGAUCCAAUGAGUUUUAAUCUUAGUCUCCAGUACCCUAUUUUAGGUCAACUUUAUACUAAUUGGGCUCCAGUUUACUGUGUGGACAUUCCUCUUUUUGUUAUGAAGCUCCAGAUGCAAUUUUUGUGUUUUUUUUUUAAAUGCUGGACAUUUGUUAGAUGUUUGUGUUUUAAGUUCACCUAAUAUUAAGGAUCACUGGACAUCAACAGAAUUGUUGCUUUAUUGCCAAAACGAACCUUUCAUUUUUUUUUUUUUGGUUGUGUAUAAGUCCUGCCAGGCUGUACAAUGUGUGCUGAUGCAAGUUUAUUUCCCCCUUUUUUCAGUUCUGAAAAAAAUAAAUGUUUACAAAUACAUACAAAACUCUUUGUAACUUAUUUUGGUCGUAUAAAGUUCUUGUCUGAUGCUACUUGACUGCCAUGAGAUUUGAUUGAUUGUAAAUUGAACUAAUUGUAAAUGUAAUUUUCUUCAAAUUA